AUGAAGUUCACAUCUCAUUCACUCAUAUUUGCUGCUCUUGCUGCUGGCGUCGUAGCAGACCUCCAUACUCAAGGCGUUUGCAUUGACACCCCUGGCGAGGGAGUGGUUUACAACAGAGACGCAACAGAGAAGGCCUGCGAGGCUUAUAAAAACCGAAACACCGGAAGCGAGCAAUGGGAUACGUGCCCUGACUGUACAGUUCUCAACGAGAAGGAUCUGCUGUACUACUGCGAGUCGAAAGAUGGCCAUAUUGGAGGAGACGAAUUGAACUACUACUGCACGCAAAACGGCGCUGGAGACAGUGUUGCAUGGUAG